CCCAACACCAGCACAGCACAAUUAUUAAUCACCGUGAUAACUCCUGCCCCACGAGCCGAGUCCCGGAAUCUCCAAAUCGAAAAGGAACUCCACGAGACGAAACCCAAAGCCACGACACCCAGAGAACAGGGAGGCGACGCGGCCCGCCCCAAAUCCCAAUUCCCCUUUUCAUCCGCGGCCGCGCGAUCUCUUCCCCCCAACAAAUCCUCCCCGGAAUCCCGUCUUAGCCCCGGGAGCGAGGCGCCGAUCGAUCGGACCCGGGGGCAGGAUGAGCUUCCAGGACCUGGAGGCCGGGAACGGGCCCCGCGGGGCGCCGCGGAGGAACGGCCGUUCGGCGGCGGGGGCCGGCGCCGGGGCGUCGCAGGCCGUCGCGUCGGGGGUGUUCCAGAUCAACACCGCGGUGGCCACCUUCCAGCGCCUCGUCAACACGCUCGGCACGCCCAAGGACACGCCCGACCUCCGAGACAGGAUACACAAGACACGCGCACACAUAACACAAUUGGUGAAGGAUACGUCAGAUAAGCUUAGACAAGCCAGCGAGGCGGAUCACCGGGUUGAAGUUAGUGCUACCAAAAAGAUUGCUGAUGCAAAGCUAGCAAAAGAUUUCCAAGCAGUCCUAAAAGAAUUUCAGAAAGCUCAACGAUUAUCAGCUGAAAGAGAAGCUGCAUAUGCACCGUUUAUUACUCAAGCGGGUCUGCCACAGAGCUAUAAUUCAACCGACAUGAAUAACGGUGCUGAUAAGUUGGCUGAGCAGCGCACACAGCUUCUAGAAUCAAGAAGGCAAGAGUUGGUAUUUUUGGAUAAUGAGAUUGUGUUCAAUGAGGCCAUCAUUGAGGAAAGGGACCAGGGAAUACAAGAGAUUCAGCACCAAAUCACUGAAGUAAAUGAGAUCUUCAAAGAUCUUGCUGUGCUAGUCCAUGAUCAAGGAGCAAUGAUUGACGACAUUGACUCCCAUAUUGACAAUUCUGUUGCUGCGACCGCGCAAGCAAAAGGCCAGCUUUCAAAAGCUGCUAAAACUCAGAAGUCGAACUCGUCUCUGAUAUGUCUGUUGAUGGUUAUAUUCGGAGUGGUCCUGCUCAUAGUGAUAAUAGUCCUUGCAGCCUAGCAAUUUGGAGGACACUGGGUGUCCAUAAUCUGGCCAAGCUUAGUGCGAUGAAUUCCUUCAUAAUUUAAUUUUGCUGUGCAGUCAGGAAUGUGUCCUGGUCUCCUGGAGGUUGUGAUAUGAUGGUGUAUGUGGUAAUGGUGUGCCUGGAAUGCAUGGUUUACAUAAGUAAUCAAAUAUACUUGCUUUGUGUCACUUUAGUGCCUUGUUUUUUAUACAUCCGCCCUGUUUAUAUCUGUGAUGUAGUGUCUCCGAGCGUGUGCUGUAAGAAUGCAGAGGUUGGAUUUUAUUUCAUGGGAUUUUAGUUUCUCAACUUGGUGAUCAACGAUUGCUGAAUUUUUCUUGUA